AUGCUUUCGAGACUUCAACUCAAGUCUCUCGUUACAUUUCUCUAUCUUUCUUCUUCCGUCUUGGCUAUUCCGGUCUUGGAGGAGAAGAAAACAUCCUGUACAACACCUGAAGGCACGGGAACCUGUCAACUCGCCACCUCCUGCACCUCUACUGGAUUCAACAUCGCAGGCUACUGUCCCGGCAACACCUCCAGCCAAUGCUGCAUCUCCAGAACAUGUCAAUCCUCCACCGGCGCAACAGGUCUCUGUCUAAAUAUCUCUGAUAAUUGUACCGACGGCUCUUUCAUCGCGGGUUUCUGUCCCGGUAGCGGAGUCCAAUGUUGCGUGAAGGACAGCGAGACGAGCGAUCCGAGCUAUAGACAAAAUGCAGAGAAAAGAGCCUCGAGCGGAAAAAAAUGUAUUGCAGGCGGCGGAUGCGAAGAAGGGGACCCCUUACGUAUCUAG